AUGUCUACCUUGAUAAACGUCGUACGCAACAUUCUAUAUGGAAGCGGACAAACAAGCAAGAACGCAACUCGUACCGAUGGCACCACCGCUGUGUAUCUUAGCCAAUGUACAUCCAUAACGCUUACAACUAACAAUAAUUUCACACCUAAUCAGCCGUCGUGUGGUGCCAUUAGCCAAGUCACCUUACUCGCUGCACACAUCAGGGGGGGCAGCGAAAACAAGCUACUGCUGACACCUCUCUUCUUCCCCUUUCAUACAUUUUUUCCUCCCCUACCCCAUUACCAACCCUCUCCUUGUAGGCCUAGCACUUUGGACUGA